CUUCUUUCUCACUUUCUAUGUUUUACGUAUGUAAGGCUGUCAGCCAAUAUGAACUCUAUGUUCUUCCAAACGACAGCAAAAGGAUGAUACAGGCAACGGAAAAUUCCGAUAAGCAGAUUCUCUGAUGCCAAGCCAACUCCCAACUUGAUCGCAUUAUCCAUAAUCCCAGCGUGGGACAAACGGUUACUUGGUGUCAUCAAACAGUUGCGAAAACGGUGAAAAAAGAACAAAGGUGAGAGACCAUCGAUCGUCUAACGAAGUGGUUCACCACUCGGCGAAAUCCAACUAACGAAAAGGCAAAACACGAAAAUACCACUGUCUUCCUUCGUCGUAUAGUGCAGCACAGCGGCCAAGUGAAACGUGACGCUGAGUACCAUCUCCACUUGCCUUCCCUUAUUAAAACCCUUUGCCUGUGAAACCUCCACUCAUUCUCUCUCUCUCUCUCUCUGAUUCUUUAUUUUCCAUACUGAGUCGGGGUAUUAGGUACCAUCACAAAAUCUAUUAUUUUGGGGAGUUUUUCUCUUUGUAGAUACUGGGUUUUUGGCCAUUUGGAGGAAUGGAAUAGCAGAAGCUGGAGUUAUUGUAAAGCCGGCAGCUCCGAAAAUGGCAGCCAACGAUGUCCCUUGCUGCAAACCCAUGUUCUGGGUGUACCUUCUCACUUGCACAGGGUUGGUACUCUUCGCCGGGUUGAUGUCCGGACUUACCCUGGGCCUCAUGUCAUUGAGCCUCGUCGAUCUUGAAGUCUUGAUGAAGGCAGGCAAACCCCAGGACAGGAAACAUGCAGCGAAGAUACUUCCGGUUGUAAAGAAUCAGCAUCUGCUCCUUUGUACGUUGCUUGUUUGCAACUCUUUGGCAAUGGAAGCGCUCCCCAUAUUUCUUGAUGCACUUCUUCCCGCUUGGGGUGCGAUCUUGAUGUCAGUGACUUUGAUUCUGGCAUUUGGGGAGAUUAUUCCUCAGGCAGUGUGCUCUCGUUAUGGAUUGAAAAUUGGUGCGAAGCUUGCUUCUGUUGUUCGUGUGCUUCUGUUGAUCUUCCUGCCCAUCACAUAUCCAAUCAGUAAGUUGUUGGACUGGCUGCUGGGAAAGGGACAUUUUGUACUUCUGAGAAGAGCUGAGUUGAAGACGCUUGUUGAUAUGCAUGGAAAUGAGGCAGGAAAAGGAGGUGAAUUGACUCAUGAUGAAACAACAAUAAUUAGCGGGGCGUUGGAUCUAACACAGAAGACUGCCAAAGAUGCAAUGACACCAAUAGCUGAGACUUUCUCUCUCGAUAUAAACUCCAAACUGGACAUGCAAACAAUGGGUAUGAUAAUGACUCGAGGUCACAGUCGCGUACCUAUAUACUCUGGAAAUCCUACUAACGUUGUUGGACUUAUUCUUGUAAAAAAUCUAAUUACUUGUCGCCCUGAAGAUGAAGUUCCUAUUAGGAGUGUUACUAUCCGGAAGAUACCUAGGGUACGUGAGUAUCUGCCACUUUACUCCUUACUAAAUGAAUUUCAGAAGGGCCAUAGUCACAUGGCUGUGGUUGUCAAAUGUUCCAAAGAUACAAUGGAGCCCACAGAAAACAUAAACGGGAGAACCAGGAUGCUAGAGAGUAGGGUUGGCAUCAAUAAGAAAAGAAGGGACAUUGAGGGGAAGGCAAUUCAUGAUGGGUCUCGAUCUACUCAACUUGAACAAAUUACUGUAUGCUCAGGGUAUCCUAGUACAACUGGAAUGCGCAGCCCUGCAUCAAAAGUUGGUACAGAAAGGCAUGGAGAAACGGCUGUGCAACCAAGAAAAUGGGAACGAGCUGGUGAAAAUGACAUUCUUGAUGUCAAUUCGGAAUCCCUUCCCAGUUUCCCAGAAGAUGAGGAAGUUAUUGGAAUAAUAACGAUGGAGGAUGUUAUGGAGGAACUAUUACAGGAGGAGAUAUUAGAUGAAACCGAUGAAUACGUUGACGUCCACAACAAGAUCACAAUCAAUAUGCUGCCUCCAAGAAAAUCAUCACCGAAAUCACCUAAAGCUGCACAGUUUCCUUCAUUACCACGCAGAACUCCAGGGGCUUCACCACUUUCCUCUUAUAAUCAAUCUCCUCCAUCGCAGUCACCCACUUCCUCUUAUGUUCGUGUGCCAGGCCAGCGACCUACUCAGACUUUCUCUCCCGACAAGUCUGUCACAUCUUCGCCAGUGAACAAUGCAGUGCAAGGUCGUUUAUCACCGUCUUCCAUUCAAGUCUCUAGGUAAUCCCAUGAAGAGCUACAAAAAAUGGAUGAUUUAUGACAUUCAAGUGCAUCGUCUCCAUCUCUCUUGUCAUCCUUCCAAAAAUCUCAAAUUCAAUCAAUGUAAUUAUUUCCAAGAUGAGGUGUAUAGGCUUGCAAAUGUAAUAACUGCAGAAUGAUUUGUUUAUAUUUUGUUAUGUACCAACUCUUUAAGAAGCCUAGAACAUUGAACAUUUCAGUCUUC